AAGAGCUUGGGCAAAAAGCUGCCCGGCUUGCGCGAAGCGCUGCACGUCACAGAGCGCGUACCUGCAGGCAUCCCCUGAGCCGCUGCCCCACCUGUGCGGCACGCAACCCAGCCUGUCGACACCUGCCAGCGACGGCGACCGCGAUGGCCGCGCUGCGGGCAGCCCUCCUGGUAGGCUGCGCGGCGGCGUAUGAGAGUGUAGCGGUCUUCGAGCUCAAUGCCGAGACCAACUACAUCUUCACGACAGCCAUAGACGUCAAGGUGCUCGCCGUCGGCGUCGGCCUCGACGCACUGGAUUAUUACGCUCUCGACGAGGCAAAAACAUUAGCCAGCGGCCUCUCGAAGUGCAACAAUAAUGCGUCAAAUCCGCAUGAUCUCGAGGUCACGGCCUGCGCCUUGUUCGUCGCCGGCGCGACCACAAUAACGACGCCCGCGGCGACGGACCCGCACGCGGGCCACGACCACGGCCGGCGAUUAGCAGAGGCGACGGGCUUCUUCGCGUUCUUCUUCGAGCACGGGCUCGAUGAGAUCGAGGUCUCGACGCACUACCUCAAGGACGCCGCCGGUGUUGAUGUGGAGCCCGUCUGCACUUUAGGUGAAGGCGUCGAUCCCCACGCGGGCCACGACCACCGGCGGCGCCUCGCGGAGUGCGCCGCACCAUUGUCCGACAAGAACCAAAACAAAAAGGACGCGCGCGCGUGGCGCAACGCGACGCUCGCAUCGUUUUUGGUCCUGGCCUGCACGGUCGUCGGGGCGAUAUUGAGGUUUGCCUUUGGCGUGGGCAAGCUCGAGGAGAACGAGCCCUUCACGAUGGGCGUGGCGGCCUUCGCCGUGGGUUGUUUAUUGGCGACGGCCUUCUACCUUCUGCUGAUCGAGGCGAGCCAUUUGUUGGCGGUUUCCUACCAGACGGAGGUGCAGGGGAACUGGCGCUUCGGGACUUGUGUGCUCGCGGGCUAUUUGUUGGGUAUGGUGUCGGCGGCGGCGGACCCGUCGCAUUUGUACGUGGCGGACGACUGCGAGGAGCCGUGCUGCCAGAUCGAGGACGGCGGCGGCCCCGAGAGUUCAGAUAUCAUCAAGGCGGACGCCGUGAACACGGAACGGCCCGCGAGGAAGGUCGACGCGUCGUUCUGCUUCGCGAUUUUUCUUUCGGACUUUCUGCACAAUUUUGUGGACGGCAUCUUCAUCGCCAACGCGUUUCUGGACUGCCAGCAGUCCAAGGGCUGGACCGUCGCGUCGUCGACGGUGGCCCACGAGCUCGCCCAAGAAGUGAGCGACUUCUUCAUGCUCGUGACGCGCGGCGGCCUCACGACGGUACAAGCGCUCGCCGUGAAUGUGGUGAGUGGCGCCUCCGUCGUUAUUGGGGCCUGGUGGUUUUUGUGGUUGGAGCCGGGCAACGGCGACCGCGGCAUGCUGCUGGCCUUCAGCGGCGGCGUCUACGUCUACGUCGCCGCGACGGAGUGCGCGGCGACGUUCGUGCACAAGAACCCGACGUGGCGCCUCAAGCUCCUCAACACCGUCCUCUUCAUCAUCGGAGCCGUCGCGAUCGGCCUCGUGCUCCUCGACCACUCGCACUGCUCCGGGGACAAGGAGGUCGAGGACCCGCACGCAGGGCACAACCACUGACUUGCUCCCCGUUGCCUUACUACUAAGUUUUAUUUAUUCU